UCAGAAACAUUCGAAGAGAGGAUGAAAUUAAUGCAUCCCAAUAUGACACCAGAAGAGAUAGCACAACAGAAAAAGAACGUGGAAGGAUGCAUCGGCUUCCUUCUUGUUGUCGUAUGUUUCCUCAUAUUAUACUCUUUCGUUUCAUCUGCAUCAACACCCAACCAUAACCUUCUCGAGAUCAAAAUAGUUUCUAUGGAUUUCACGGCCGAGCCUAAUAAUAAUAACAAGAAUAGCACACAACAAAGUCAUUAUUUUCCUCUAGUUAGUGCUAGAUGGGAUUUAUUGAUAAGAGUCCCGGGAGAACUUGUUGGUAAUGAUAUAUGUCUUCAAGGAAACCUCCAAGCUUCUUUCCUUUACAAGAAUGUCACUCUUGUUACUUCCUCUCUCCACAGUUACAACGAACUCGAGCUAGGAGCGCCUCAGCUUCUUACCGUUUCUGCGGUUGCUACUGGAGAAGAUUUGAGCGGCGCGAUUGGGAAAGAGAUUAUGGAGGCUAUCAAAGAGAGGAAUGAAGUGCAGUUUGGAUCGCAGUUGUCUCUAACAGAUUGUAGAGAGGAGACAAAGAAAGGAACGGUGAGCUAUGAAUGCGAUGAAGCUAAGUUGCGGUUUGAUCAUCUAGGCUCUGAUCAGAUUAGGGCCACUGCGUAUGGAGACCACCCUACCUGCAUCAUUAAAGAAUAAGAAGUUUGUAUCAAGCACCCGAUUGCGUCUGGGGACCACCGUACUUUGUUAGUCCUUUAUCUUUAAUUAUGUGUUAUCGGUGUUGGGUUUUAGUUACUAGAAAAGUUUGCUGGCAAAAAAAUCAUUUAAUAAAAUCAUAAGUUUUAUUCUUUUGUUUAA